CGCGCAACACUACAAUGUGCUAUUAACCGGAAGUGCGUGGGAACGUCUACCCGAGAAUAAAGCCGUAGCAUUCUCACAAAGUUCAUUAUAUUUCAACACUUUAGUCCGACUUACGCGUUCGUCCAGGUUGUGCUAAUGGCUGCAAAACUGAACUGGUUAAUGCUAUGCAAUGGUAUUCUUAUAUAUUUUUCGCACUUAUGUACUUGCAACUUCGAUACAGAAGAAGGAAACGGCGUUCAGCCGGAGCUGAGGAUCUUCCACCACUCCUGCGCCCUGAAGAUGGAUGAGGGCCCGUGCAAGGCGCUGAAGGAGCGCUUCUACUUUGACACCGACACCCGCCGCUGCCAGAGGUUCGAGUACGGGGGCUGCCAGGGCAACGCCAACAACUUUGAGACCGUGGAGGAGUGCGAGAUGAUGUGCAUCGUCAAACCCGAUAAGACCCCCUGCCACCUGGACGAGGAGCCGGGCCCCUGCCGUGGCCUGGUGCCGCGAUACUUCUUCAGCCGCUCCCACGGAGAGUGCCAGCGCUUCUUCUAUGGUGGCUGCUUCGGGAACGCCAACAACUUCCGCACCAGGGAGGAGUGCGAGGCCCGAUGCCACCAGAGCCAACCAGACCCAGCGGAACCUGCGACUGAUACUGCAACCUCAGAGCGAGCAGAACCUCCACAAGAACCAGAACCAGCGGAACCUGCGACUGAUACUGCAACCUCAGAGCGAGCAGAACCUCCACAAGAACCAGAACCAGCGGAACCUGCGACUGAUACUGCAACCUCAGAGCGAGCAGAACCUCCACAAGUGCCUGGGGAUGUUGAACAGCCCGUGGUGGUCAGCGUCCCAGAGGCACCCAGACCCAGCACCCAGCCCCUCAUCUCCAGUGUCGCUCACCGGCCGAAGUUCUGCCUCAGUCCGAUAGACAGGGGGACAUGUGGCGAGUCGGUCCAGAGGUACAUCUACAACCCCCGCAAGAAGCGCUGCCAGAUGUUCCACUACACCGGCUGCGGAGGGAACAGGAAUAACUUUGGCUCCAGGCGUCAGUGCGUGAGGACGUGCAUGAAAGAUCAGCCUGGAAAAUCGAGGAUACGGGUCAAGAAGAGGAAUUUCAACAUCAUAUUCCGAUCCGUCUGAACCUGAACCUGAAUCUGGAACUUUCCUAUUCAACACUACCUUCUCAAUGCAUUUUCAGCCUAUAUUUAUGUCCACGUUUCUAAUGUUUACCGUAUUCGUCUUAGUAAUGUUCAGAUAUCGUCCUCGCCUCACUAUUUAGAUGUAGAAUAACAAUGUUAAACAUUUGCACUGCGAUACUCUUAUAUAAAAUGCAUUUUUUUAUGGCUGUUUUGUAUAUUUUUAUAUCGGUUCAUGGACCCCAUGGCACACAUUUCUUUUAAAAUGAAUAUAAACUGUAGUCUGUGUGAUACUGAAAACUGCAGAGAACAGUUUGUGUAAAAGAGUUGCAGAGAAAGCCAUUGUGCUCCAUCUCACUCAGCAAAGCCACAGGAGUCCAAACAUAAGUCAGAACAUACUGCUGAUUAGCUCCUAAUCGAAACUGUAUGUCCAAACUAUUAGUAUAAUUAAAAACACAAGAAUAAAUGACUUAACAUGAAAGAAACAAAGAUUGUGAUUCAUUUCAAAGCUGCUAAUGUGCUUUCUCCCCCUCCGCUGUUCCCAGCCAGUCUUCGUUUCAGCACAAUUAAAACUGUAAUGAGAAUUUCACAA